AUGGCUAAUGAGCAAGACAAAUUAAACAUUGACGGAAUUAUUCAACGGCUACUUGAAUUUCGUGGGGCGAAACCGAAUAAGAAUGUUCAUUUAAGUGAAAACGAAGUACGUGGGUUAUGUUUGAAAUCGCGAGAAAUCUUUCUCAGUCAACCAAUUCUACUCGAACUUGAAGCACCAUUGAAGAUAUGCGGUGACAUUCACGGUCAAUACUAUGAUCUUUUGCGGUUGUUUGAGUAUGGUGGUUUUCCACCGGAAUCGAAUUAUUUAUUCCUUGGCGAUUAUGUUGAUCGGGGAAAACAAUCUCUCGAAACAAUCUGUUUGUUGUUAGCUUAUAAAAUAAAGUAUCCCGAAAAUUUCUUCCUUCUUCGUGGAAAUCAUGAAUGUGCAUCGAUCAAUCGAAUCUACGGUUUUUACGACGAAUGCAAACGUCGUUAUAAUAUCAAAUUAUGGAAAACAUUCACUGAUUGUUUCAACUGUCUUCCUGUUGCUGCAAUAAUCGACGAAAAAAUCUUCUGCUGUCACGGUGGUCUCAGCCCCGAUCUACAAUCUAUGGAGCAAAUCCGACGCAUUAUGCGACCAACUGAUGUUCCCGAUCAGGGUUUAUUAUGUGAUCUCUUGUGGUCCGAUCCAGAUAAAGAAGUCAAUGGUUGGGGUGAAAAUGACCGCGGCGUGUCAUUUACGUUCGGAGCUGAAGUUGUUUCAAAAUUUUUGCACAAACACGACCUUGAUUUGAUCUGUCGUGCACAUCAAGUUGUCGAAGAUGGUUAUGAAUUCUUUGCAAAACGUCAAUUAGUGACAUUAUUUUCAGCGCCUAACUAUUGUGGUGAAUUCGAUAACGCCGGAGCGAUGAUGUCUGUCGAUGAAACGCUCAUGUGUUCUUUUCAAAUUUUAAAACCAUCGGAAAAGAAAGCCAAAACGCCAUCAUUGGGUAACAAUCGUCCAGUCACUCCUCCCCGUGGCGGUGGUGGAAAUACUGGCAUGAAAGAUAAUUUAAUGAAAGAUACGAAAAAACCAAUGUAA